AUGAGGCUGGUCUGGCCCACCCUAACCGUGUUUCUCCCCGUUUUUGCAGCUAUCUGUCGCCAGGGCUGCAGUCCUGAACACGGCUCCUGUAAAUAUCCUGGGGAGUGCAGGUGUCAGUAUGGUUGGAAGGGGCAGUACUGUGACAAGUGUACCCCUCACCCUGGCUGUGUGCACGGCACCUGUGUGGAGCCCUGGCAGUGUCGUUGUGAAACCAACUGGGGCGGUCAGCUGUGUGACAAAGAUCUGAACUACUGUGGGACACGACUGCCCUGUUUGAACGGGGGAACGUGCAGCAACACUGGGCCAGACAAAUAUCAGUGCACCUGCCCCGACGGCUAUUCUGGGAAAAACUGUGAGAUUGCCGAGCAUGCGUGUAUCUCUGACCCCUGCUAUAACAGAGGAAGCUGUUCGGAAACCCCAAUGGGGUUUAAAUGUCUGUGCGUCUCUGGGUGGGCCGGCCCAACCUGCACCAUUGAUAUUGAUGAGUGCGAGGCUGACCCGUGUGCCCAUGGGGGUACUUGCCAGGACAUGGUGGAUGGCUUCAAAUGCAUUUGCCCCCAGCAGUGGACAGGCAAAACAUGCCAACUGGAUGCCAACGAGUGUGAGGGGAAGCCGUGUGCUAACGCCAAUGCCUGCCACAACCUGAUCGGGGGCUAUUACUGCGACUGUAUGCCGGGCUGGGCCGGCCAGGACUGUGACCUGCACAUCGACGAUUGUCACGGACAAUGCCAGAACGGGGGAACAUGCAAGGAUUUGGUGAACAGCUACCGCUGUGCGUGUGCCCCUGGUUUUGUGGGGCAGCACUGUGAGCGAGCGGUCAGUGGAUGUGCCAGCAAGCCCUGCCUGAACGGUGGGCAGUGCCAGGAGACCCUCACCGGGGUCCAGUGCCUGUGUCCAGCCGGAUUCUCCGGGAACCUGUGUCAGCUGGACAUCGAUUACUGUCAGCCAAACCCGUGUGGCAAUGGGGCCCCCUGCUUUAACCUGGCCGCCGACUAUUUCUGCCGCUGCCCGGAGGAUUAUGAAGGGAAGAACUGUUCCCACCUAAAGGAUCAUUGCCAGACGACGCCUUGUCAAGUUAUUGACAGCUGUACAGUUACCGUGGCUUCAAACACCACACCCGAGGGAAUCCGCUUCAUCUUCUCCAACGUGUGUGGCCCGCACGGCAAGUGUAAGAGCCAGGCCGACGGCAAGUUCACGUGUGACUGCAGCGAGGGCUUCACCGGGGCUUACUGCCACGAGAAUAUCAACGACUGCGCGAGUGACCCCUGUAAGUCCGGAGGGACCUGCAUUGACGGAGUGAACGAGUACCAGUGCAUUUGCCGGGAAGGCUGGGAAGGAGUGCUGUGUGAGAUCAAUAUCGACGACUGUGCUGUGAAGCCGUGUCAGAACAGAGGGACGUGCCAGGACCUGGUCAAUGAUUUCUACUGCGAGUGUAAGAACGGCUGGAAAGGCAAGACCUGCCACUCCCGGGACAGUCAAUGUGAUGAAGCCACGUGUAAUAAUGGAGGGACAUGCUACGAUGAAGGAGACACGUUUAAAUGCAUGUGUGCCCCUGGCUGGGAGGGCUCCACCUGCAACAUAGCGAGGAACAGCAGCUGCUCACCCCCACCCUGUGAGAAUGGUGGCACAUGUGUGGUCAGCGGAGACUCCUUCACCUGUGUGUGUAAAGAAGGAUGGGAGGGCUCUACCUGCUCACAGAAUGCAAAUGACUGCAAUCCACAUCCAUGCUAUAACAGUGGGACGUGUGUCGACGGUGAGAAUUGGUAUCGAUGCGAGUGUGCGCCAGGCUUCGCAGGGCCAGACUGCCGCAUCAACAUUAAUGAGUGCCAGUCCUCGCCCUGUGCCUACGGAGCCACGUGUGUGGACGAGAUCAACGGUUACCGGUGUCUGUGUCCCCCAGGGAGGAGCGGGCAGCGCUGUCGACAAGUGACGGGGAGAGCGUGCGUGUUGAAAGACCGGGUCGCUCCACACGGAGCCAAGUGGGACGAUGACUGCAACAGCUGCCAGUGUCACAACGGGAGGGUCACCUGUAGCAAGAUGUGGUGUGGCCCUAAGCCGUGCAGGACGAAUGGGCAGGGCUCGGGAUCCGGGCGGGGGAGGUGCCCGGCCUGGCAGGCUUGUUUGCCUGUCAGUGAGAGCCAGUGUUUCGUGCCCCCGUGUGCGGGCUGGGGGGAGUGCCAGGCUGCCAACCAACCCGGCGUCAAAACCAAGUGCCAGCCCAACAACGCCUUCCUCGACCGCAGCUGUGCCAAAAUCACCCUGGCCAUCAACCGCGAUCUACUGCAGCCGGGGGUCACCACGGAGCACGUGUGCGCGGAACUCAGGCAGCUCCAGGUCUUACGCAACUUGUCCGUGGAUCAUUCCGUUUACCUCAUCUGUGAGCAAACCAGCUCAGCCGCCAAUGAGAUCAGCGUGGCCAUUUCAGUGGAGAAUUCAGUCCAGGAAACCAAUCCGAUCAAAGAUCUGACGGAGCAGAUCACGGACGUGGUGAGCAAGCGAGGAGCUAACAACACCCUGCUCUCCGCCAUCACACAAGUGCGAGUCCAAACCCUGCACGAGCCGCUCACACCAGACCUGCUGGUGCCUUUGCUGAGCUCAGUGAUCACGGUGGCCUGGAUCUGCUGUUUUGUCACCCUCUUCCUGUGGUGGUUCCGACGGCGACGCAAGCGGAGCAGCCCCACCCCCACGCUGGCGGGGGGGCCGGGGGGCCCGGGGGGGGCCGAGGACCGCGAUGGCGGGGUGGCCGCCAACAACGUACGCGAGCAGCUGCGGCAGAUCAAGAACCCCAUCGAGAAGCACGGGCGCGACUGCGAGGGCAAAAACUCCAAAAUCGCCAAAAUAAGGACGCAGAACUGCGAGGCUGAGGAGGGGGCCGCGGGGGCUCUGGACAAACAGCCACACAAGAACCGCUUCGGCAAGGCUGCCGCUUACACCCUGGUGGAGCGCGAUGAGGCGGGGGCUCCCGAGACCCCGACCAAAAGCCCCAACUGGAUCAACAAGCAGGACAACAGGGACUUGGAAAGUGCGCAGAGCCUGAACCACAUGGAGUAUAUCGUAUAGCCGGACGGACUGACGUCAGCCUCGUUUAACUCACACACUCGACAUUUCUUGGGCUUUAUCUCUCCCUCUUCUAUCUCUCUUUCUCUCACUCUUUCUCUCGCUUUCUCCAAAAGGCUCGAAAGUCUUUACGUGUUCCUUGAAUCUGCGUUAAUACUUGUUUUGAAUGUCAGGGUAAAUUCAUCGUUCACAGAGAUCGACUCCCUCUCUGUUCAUAUCAGCUUCUAGACUUGUGGAGUCCUGCAGUGUAUUGGGUUAGAGCGCUUGCCUCGCA